UGUCUUGAAGCUAUGAAGAAGCGAGUUUUGGUGACAGGCGCUUCAGGAUUUCUAGGCGGCAGCCUUUGCCGCGCGCUUCUCUCCCAAGGCCACGCCGUUAAAGCCUUUGUCCGCCCAACCAGCGACAUCUCCUCCUUGCCUCCGCCGAGCGACGGCGGUGGUCUCCAGCUUGCUUACGGAGAUGUCACGGACUAUCCGUCGCUCCUGGAAGCUUGUUCCGGCUGCGACGUCGUCAUCCACGCUGCCGCACUAGUCGAGCCUUGGAUUCCUGAUCCUUCGAAAUUCAAUACGGUCAACGUCGGAGGACUGAAGAAUGUGUUGAAGGCGUACAAGGAGAUCAAGACAAUCGAGAAGAUCAUCUAUACGUCGUCGUUUUUCGCGUUGGGAUCUACUGAUGGAAAAAUUGGGGAUGAGACUCAGGUGCAUUCUGCCGAAUUUUUCUGUACUGAAUAUGAGAAAUCUAAAGCUAUAGCAGAUAAGAUUGCCAUGGAAGCUGCAGCCGAGGGAGUUCCGAUCGUGCCGGUUUAUCCUGGAGUUAUCUAUGGCCCUGGAAAAGUCACUACCGCAAAUGUGGUUGCACAUUUGCUCGUGGAACGCUUCAAUGGCCGCCUCCCAUUUUACAUUGGGUUAGAGAAGGGGUUCUCAUUUUGCCAUGUAGAUGAUGUUGCACAAGGGCACGUGGAAGCAAUAGCGAAAGGUCGGCCAGGCGAACGAUAUCUUCUUACAGGGGAGAAUGCAUCUUUCAGUGAUGUUUUCAAUAUAGCCGCGGACAUUACUCAUACUGCGAAACCUCGAUUUCGCAUGCCAUUUUUACUUAUGGAAGGUUACGCGUGGAUAUGCCUUCUCGUCUCCAAAAUAACAGGGAAGCUUCCGCUAAUCAGCCCCCCGAUGGUGAAUGUGCUGAGGCAUCAAUGGGCGUACAGUUGCGAGAAGGCGAGGGCGGAGCUGGAUUACGAGCCUCGGAGCUUGAAGGAAGGAUUGUCGGAGAUGCUGCCAUGGUUGAAAGGUUUGGGUUUGAUUCGAUACUAAUAUGAGAAAAUGUGUGUAUAUGUUAAGACUUGCAAGAAGAUCUGAUGGAUCAUUUUGCAUAGAUUUGAAUUUCUGCUAUGUUCAUAGUAAAUAUAAAAAGGCUGUUUCUUUGCAAACGAAUUGAAGAACCAUGAUUGAAUUAGCUCUUUAAUUAGAGUUUCCCUGUCGUUCUAGGAAUAGGAAUGUAUAUCAUGUUACUAUGCUUCCUUUUUUAUUAAAUCUUUUGCUAUUGUUUCUA